AAAAAAGUAAGCUUUAAGCAAAUAUACAGAAUUGGUCAAUAGGUCUACAUAUUGAACAAUGAGCUAUGUUUAUUUGUUUAUGUAUGUCCUUCGCUAAAUGAGAAUUUUUUAAGUUAACUAAACUAAAUAUGCUUCCUGUUCAGUUAAUCAAUUAUUUUCUUUCUAAAAUUAAAACUUUAUUAUAAUCUGAGAAUGAUUACUGAAGUUAUGGAUAAAUCCUGGUUUGUUAAACUUCAGCCAGGGAAGUCUCCUGAUCUGUACCCAUUACUAUUUAUUAUGGCUUAAAAAUAUUGGCUUUUCUUCUUUAAAAAAAACAUGGCGGUUGUUGGACCACGAACAAAUCGGCAUGUUAUGACUUUUUCUGGCAUGUCUGUGACUACUUCCCAACAUGCGAUUCUGUCAGCCACUCAAUCUUUCUACCAUCCUUCUGUUACAUCAUUGCACAUACACAAACCAAUCGGAUAUGGUGCAUUCGGGGUCGUUUGGUGUGUAACUGAUCCAAGGGAUGGAAAGAAAUUAGCUUUGAAGAAGAUGCCUAACAUUUUUCAAAAUCUAGUGUCCUGCAAGCGUGUCUACAGAGAAAUCAAAAUGCUUUGUUUUUUCAAGCAUGACAAUGUGUUGUCGGCUUUAGAUGUUUUGCAGUCUAUUAACAUGGAUAUCUAUCCAGAGAUUUAUGUUCUUACCGAAUUGAUGCAAACAGACUUGCACAAGAUAAUAACAUCUCGCCAACUUCUGUCUACUGAUCAUGUGAAAGUGUUUUUAUAUCAAACUUUAAGAGGUUUAAAAUACCUUCAUUCUGCGAAUAUUUUGCAUCGAGAUAUCAAACCGGGGAAUCUUCUUGUCAAUAGUAACUGUAUUUUAAAGAUUUGUGAUUUCGGUUUGGCCAGGGUGUAUGAAUAUGAAGAAACUAAACACAUGACUCAGGAAGUGGUGACCCAGUACUACCGUGCUCCUGAAUUGCUUAUGGGAGCUUCUCACUACUCAUUUUCCGUCGAUAUAUGGUCGGUCGGCUGUAUAUUUGCUGAACUUCUGAGCCGGAGAAUUUUAUUUCAAGCCCAGACUCCUAUACAACAACUGGAUUUGAUAACUGAUUUGCUGGGUACUCCGUUGCCAGAAGAUGUGAAGACUGCAUGCGAUGGAGCAAGAUCUCAUAUUUUGAGGUGGCCUCACAAAUUACCCUCUUUGGCUGCUCUCUACACUCUCUCCUCACAAGCAACUCAUGAAGCUGUUCACCUUCUUUGCCAGAUGCUUGUUUUCAAUCCUGAUAAAAGAAUAUCUUGUGUUGAUGCAUUAACACACCCGUACAUGGACGAUGCCAGAUUUCGGUAUCACUCCGUCAUGUGCCGUUGCUGCCAGACGACGUCGGUCGGUCGGAAAUACGUGUCGGACUUUGAGCCAGUUUCUCCUUUUGUAUUUGAUGAUUGUUUUGAGAAAGACUUAACUUCUAUUCCUCAAGUUAGAGAUCGAUUAAACCAUUUUGUAUCUGAACGCUUUAAGUUGAUGUGUCGAGCACCCCUGCUUGUCAAUCCUCAUUGUUUAGAUGUAAAAAAGUAUACUAG